GCACGCCGGUGCUUUCAGACGCAGACGAAAAGGGUAGGAGGUUGGAUCGCGCGAUUCGCGACUAGACCACGUCAGAGGAAUUCGACCAUCCUCUCCAACUGGUUAAUUUCUAUAGAAACGAAACAAUAAGUGUCACGGUAACGUAACACGCAACGAGAGAAUUAUGCAGAAUUCGUGACAUUCGAGAGGUUCGCCGGCGCUGCGUCGUUUUCGAUAUGUAAAAAUCUUCCGGUCCGUCUCGUCGUUCGUAACUGCCGAUACCAUUUGUACGCACGUGCAAAUCGUUCGUUUUUCAUACUCGUGUAAAUUUCGACACCUUGCGCCUCGUUUCUCGUAUUGCCGCGCGAAGAAACUGAAAGAAACCAAAAUCCAGGAAGAGAGAGUCUACCGGAAUACCUGCGAUGUGCUCGAUUCACAUGCCUUGAAGAGAUUUAUUGUAUCUCGAAGAUCUUCCUGUUACUGACGAUUUCGACAAAACGUGACAAGAGCAUAUGGAAGAUUGUGACGUUUGGAAGAAAAGCCGAGUCGCGAAGAGGGUCUUAAGAAGAGGGCCCGACUCCUUUUGAUUUCAUUCCACUCCCAAGUGGCACUGUUCUCCAGUCCAAAAAAUACAUCUAAAUGUGUUCCAUAGCGAUGCCAGCUGAGCUGCUUCUGGGGCAUAGUCCUCCAGUGUAUAGCUCGUUGCUGUACAGUCCCUUAGUAGUAACAGCACCGACGAUUACUAGUAGAUCGGUGCCACCCAGAAUAAGGCCGUGCUUGACAUCCGGUUCCUUGACUAUAGAUAGCAUUCGAAACAGCAGCGAUGGCGGUAGUAAUAAGCAGAAAAAAAGGGUUGUAUUCGCCGACGAUCGUGGCCGUCCUCUCACUCAGGUUCGAGUGAUGUCGGAACCCAGCAACGUGCCACCAUUGUGGAGUACAGCGUACCUCGCUGGAUUAACCGGGCGACUUUUAAAUUCGAAAAUCGAGAACGAUCAGGCGACAGAACUUGUGUCACCGUGGCAGGUAACCUUCCCCCAACCAGCGAGCGAUUAUCUGACCUUUCGCCAGAAACUCGAUCAGGAGAACGUCAGCCUAGAGAAUGUGAUAGUGAGAGAAUCGGAACAGAGUCUAGUUGGCACCAUCAAGGUACGUAAUCUGGCGUACGACAAAGAAGUCGUGGUCAGGGCGAGCAACGAUUCUUGGAAGACGCACGAGGACGUUCAUUGCACCUACGUUGAGCAACCUGGCUCUCCCGCUCUGAUUCUGUACGAUACCUUCCGAUUCCGGUUAACUCUGCCAGUGAAGUCCAACAUGAUAGAGUUCUGCGUGCGAUAUCGUACCGACGGAAAGGAGUACUGGGACAACAAUGAUGGAAAGAACUUCGUCGCUCGCAAAAAGUUGGAGCCACGAGCACCUGCCAAACGAUACGAUAUCCUGACGACAACCUGCGACGGUUUCUCGAGCAACGGCAUGCGAGACAGUAUACCUCGAGUGGCAGACGCGACCAGGGCGAACGUCCGCACGUGGAGCGAGUUCGCCUCGUGGCAACACCUAACGAACGACACCCCAUACUGGUGAAUCCCUCGUCACUGGUUAAAAAAACGAUUGUACGAAAGUCGUACGAAUUCUUCCAGUUCUACUUGGUUUAAUGAUCACGAGACGUAGAUCAUGCGGGACGAGGUGGCAAAACGUAACGCACACGACACGACACGACGCGAAAUGGCGGUCGUACGGAUCACCUGUCUAUCUGCAGUCUAGUGGACGGACACAAGACCAGGAACAAGAGAGCGGAGAAGAGAACAGUGACAAAUGCAAUGGGGAAGCGAUGGGGACCAACGAUUGAGUUCGAAUUGUGGAAGAACACGCUUGCACGGAAGCGAAAAAGAGAGAGAGAAAGAGAGAGAGAGAGACAUAAUCGGAGGUCAAUGGAGCGCGGAACUGGCGAGAAAGGAGGCGAUUGGUCGCGUUACAUUUAUGAUUGCAUGCGCUGAACAGAAGACAAUACACGGGAAAACAGUGUGCGGAACAGCCGUGCGAGAGAGACAACGCGCAGGCCAACGGGUUUGUCCAAUUCGAACGUAUUCGAAGAUCGGUGAAUGAUGGACGAACGUGCGUUCAUUCCGAAGCUUUCCGAGGAGGCUCUUCUCUACACGCCAAUUCUGGAGAUCGUCAAUGCGUCUUCUUCUCUCAAUCGUCGUGUCUUCCUUCUCCUUCUCUUCCUCUAUCCUGGAACUUGGCUGCCAUCAGCCGAGGACAAGUCCGUCAAGAUAAGUUUCCAUU